AUGGAUAAAUGGUUAAUGAAAGGCCAAAACAAAGAAGAUAAUCCUAAGCUUGAACGUAAAAGGAAACCCGAAAAGGAAACAUCAGAGGCUUCAACUUCUAGUAUAGAAGUAGAAUAUGCUGUUCCCAUUCCCAGUUCCAAUUUGACUUCAGUGGGCUUGGCAACAAUGAUGGAUUUAGAAAUAAAUGUACGAAAAGCUGAACUAAAAUUAGCCGGAGCGUUGGCUGAAAAUAAUAUACCAAUAUCAUUUAGCGACAUCUUGGGCCCACUCUGCAAAGAGAUUUUCGCAGACUCAGUUAUAGCUAAAAAUAUGAAUUUACACAGAACCAAGGCGACGGCUAUAAUAAAUAAUGUUUUAGGAAACACAUUUUUAGAGGAUAUAUAUGAAAAAUUACGCGGAGAAAAAAUCUUCUUUUCAUUAAUAAUGGAUGAAACGACUGAUCAGAGCUCUUUAAAACAAUGCUGUUUUACUGCUGUUGUCUAUGAUGAGAACACCAAUAAGGUAGAGCAUUUGUUUCUGGAUAUGGUGGAAUUGUCAUCAGGAACUGCUAAGGGACUGUAUGACUGUUUACAUCAAAUGCUUCGAAAUAAAAACAUAUCGAUAGAAAACAUGGUAGGGUUUAGUUCAGAUACCACAAACGUGAUGGUUGGAGAACAUUGCUCUGUUUUUGCUCUUCUUAAAAAAGAUUUGCCUCACAUUGCUCUGGUGAAAUGUUCUUGUCACAUUAUACACCUAUCAUCAUCUAAAGCUUGUCUUAAAUUGCCUCGAAACGUUGAAGAUUUUUUGCGUUCUGUUGGAGCUCACUUCAGUAGAAGUUCACAAAGACAACUAAAAUUUAGAGAGUUUCAAGAAUUCUUUCAAGUGGAGAUUCACAAAAUUCUCACACCAGCUCAAACUCGAUGGCUCUCGCUGAAAGCGUGUAUAGACCGUGUCUUAGAGCAGUAUACUCCAUUAAAAGCCUACUUGACAGAAACAGUCUUCUCAGAUCCGUCGAAGACUACCGAAGAAAUGCUGAUUACAAUAAACAACCAAUUCACUGUGGUAUAUUUGGAGUUCAUGUCUUACGUACUUGCACUGGUAACAAAAUUCAAUGUCUUGUUUCAAUCAGAAACUUCCCUUCUUUACAAAUUGAAACCAGAAGUCGAAAACCUUUUGAAAACGUUGUCUUCUAAUUUCAUGAAAAUUAGCUAUAUCAAGUCCUGUGCUAAUAUUUUAAACGCAGACUUCAAAAACCCAACACAUUUUCUAAGUUUAAACGAAAUAUAUAUUGGAUUAAAGGCUGGAGAAAGUAUUGAAAUUUUAAAAAAUGACGAAAAUGUACCUCGUGCUGCUAUUGCAGAUUUCUAUAGAACCUGCCAGGAGUUUUAUAUUAAAUUGACGUCAGAUAUUACCAAGCGAUUUGAUUUUGGGGAUCCUCUAUUUUCUAUUAUAUCCGCUGUAAAUCCAUCAGAAGCUCAACAGUUUCUAAUUAAAUCACUUGUGCCUGUGCUGAAGCGAUUUCCAGUGCUUUAUAAAUUUGUGACCGCACAAAAAUUACAUGACGAGUGGUGA